GCUGUCUUGGGCUCCUCUGAGAAUACAUCGAAUUCUUGAUACCAUAACACACCCAUGUGUGCAAUGGGAGUUAGAAACUUCAGAAGUACCUAGAACUAUUUGUCUCCAAAGCCCGCCUGCCUGGCACAAGCCACACCUCAAGAUGGCGGGGCGGCUGUCCUAAGCCACGGGCUGACAGGUGUAGGUAGUCCACUGUUUCGCUUGGCAAGGCGAGCUCCUGGGGCGGCCCAUACGUAACCAACAGGCAGGCAGAGACAUCCAGCAAAUAACCCAUGCAUAAUCCAUCAUCCACCCAUCACGAACACACGUUCGCACCUCCUGUCUGGCCAGUGCGCAGAUCUUGACUGGACACAAAUACUUUUCUUGCCAUCGUUCGACCCUUUGGACUAUCUGCCAGGUUUAUUGUCCUACUCCUACCGAAGACGCCGCCGACAUCUCCCCGCCCCAGCCUCCCGAGAGAGAGCCCACUGCCCACGAAUUCCAGGUUGUCGCGCCAGCUUCCCUACCUCAAUUCCAUAGAGAAUCUCUCACGAUGAUGGGGUGGUGGUCUUCCGGGGCAAACACUGCCCUGGACGAGCAGGUAGAGAAGGCGACAAGCAGCAGUCUCGAGGAUAUCGCUCUAAACCUCGAAAUCUCCGACGUGAUUCGAUCCAAGACGGUGCAGCCCAAGGAGGCGAUGCGCUCGCUCAAGAAGCGCAUCAGCAACAAGAACCCCAAUACGCAACUCAGUGCGCUCAGUCUCACCGAUACGUGUGUUAAAAAUGGAGGCGCCCAUUUCCUGGCCGAGAUUGCCUCGAGAGAGUUUAUGGAAAGCAUGGUUUCGCUGCUCAAGGCCGUUGGACCGGCUGCCGUCAAUGCGGACGUGCGCGCAAAGAUACUCGAGCUUAUUCAGUCAUGGGCCACGGCCACCGAGGGGCGCUACGAUUUGUCAUACAUUGGAGAGGUCUAUCGAAACCUUCAGAGAGAAGGGUUCCAGUUCCCCCCUCGCGUCACCGUCGCCAGCAGCAUGAUUGACAGCAGUGCGCCCCCCGAGUGGGUCGAUUCCGAUGUGUGCAUGCGAUGUCGAACCAACUUUACCUUUACCAACCGAAAACACCAUUGUCGAAACUGCGGAAACUGCUUCGACCAGCAGUGCUCAAGCAAGACGCUCCCCCUACCCCAUCUUGGCAUCCUCCAAGCCGUCCGCGUCGAUGAUGGCUGCUACGCAAAACUCACAGACAAGUCAACCCCUUCGAAGGGGAGCGGCUCUGGUAACGACCGCUCCUCGUUGUACUCGUCGUUUCCCCACAAGAACAAGAGCUCGAGCAUGCAACCGCGUAAUGCUCGUGUUGACGAUGGAUUCGAUGAGGAUCUCAAAAAGGCCCUUGCCAUGAGUUUGGAGGAGGUUCAGAACCACAACCGUGCCUAUGUCCCUCCGACAAGCAACGGAACGCAAGCGAGCAAACCAAAGUCGGGUGAGCAAGUAUCGGCAACCAAGGCGUUUGAGGAUGAUGAUGAAGAUCUCAAAGCAGCCAUCGCCGCCUCGUUGGCAGAUAUGGAGGAGCAAAAGAAGAGGCACACCGCAGUCUUGAAAGAACAAACAACAAAUGUCGGCGCGUCUUCAUCAACAGCACCGCUGGCGCUCCCCAAGAAUGACUACGAGCUCACGCCUGUGGAGGCGGAGAAUAUUAACUUGUUUGCCACGCUGGUUGACCGAUUGCAGACGCAACCGCCGGGAACCAUUCUCCGAGAACCACAGAUUCAGGAGCUGUACGACAGCAUCGGCACACUCCGGCCAAAGCUAGCCCGAACUUAUGGAGAAACCAUGAGCAAGCAUGACACUCUGCUUGACUUACAUGCCAAGCUUUCGACCGUGGUGCGGUACUACGACCGUAUGCUUGAGGAGCGCCUAUCCAAAACCUACAGCCAACACAGCAUUGGUGGCUACAGUCUUCCCCCACCCCGUCAGCCCGCGGGACCAUACCCGUCCCUUCCAGGGAGCGCCUCAGCCUCGGUUGGGCCAGCCGAGCACUUUUAUACUGGCGAACAACAGCCGCAAGAGUACGGGAGGCCGGUGGGCCAUCCCUCUUACCCACAGCCAACACCUCAACCUCCAACCCAGUAUGCUCCUCCCUACGACAGACGAGAAUCGGUAGCAAUACCUCCCAAUAGCCAAUAUGCCCCACAGCAAGUGCCGCAAAGGACGGGAAGCUGGGCAGCAGCACCGUCUGCGCCCCCGUCACAAUAUGCUCAGCAGCCUAGCUAUCCCACCGAGGUUGCGCAGCAACAGGCACCUCAAGCUCAGCUCGCUGCACCCAGCACGGGAGACUCUGUUGGGACCACCCCUACGGCCGACCCACAUGCUUCCUUCUAUUUCAAUUCACAGCAGCCACAACAACAAGGGCAACAGCCCGCUCCUUCUGCCCCUGAUCCGGCAGCGUCGCCGUAUCCCAACUUGGCCCAGCCGAUGCAUUCUUCAUACCAGCCCUCACUCCCACAGACUCCCGCCUCGGCUCCUGCUCAGCCAUCGCAGCCACAGCAGCAACAUCAAGCUCCACCGCCCCAACCACAACAACCAUACUGGCAGCAUCCGGCUGCUCAGCAAACUGCGCUUCCGCCUGUUUGGCAACAUCAGCCCAGUCAGACCUUUCCGGGCUACAACCAAGAGUCUUUCCCCGCCGCUCCUCAGCAUGCGCCUAAGCAGCCAGUAGUAGAAGAGAGCUUGAUUGAUCUGUGA